AUGACUAAUGACAAUGUUCAUUUACAAAAUCCGGUGACAAAUAAACCUUAUAAUACUGAUCCACCGCCAGCGUCAGGUUGUUGUUCUUGCUGUUGGCAAGUUAUAUAUAAUAUCUUCAAACCAGAUCCACCACAAACUGCGAAAAAUUCUUCGUCUGAAGCUAGCUCCGAUAGCCCAUCUUUCCAGGCGAAGAUGAACAAAGGUUUGGAAGACGGCAAUGAAAUUUUCAAGGGAAAAAUGUCGUCGUCUGAAUCUACCUCCGUUCCUUUCUCAUUCAUUCCAAAGCUGAACAACGGUAUGGCAGAACGCAAUGCAGCUUUAAACAAGAAAUGGUUGCCGUCUGAAUCUACCUCCGUUCCUUCCUCAUUCAUUCCAAAGCCGAACAACGGUAUGGCAGAACGCAAUGUAGCUUUAAAGGAAGAAAUGUCGUCGUCUGAAUCUAUCUCCGUUCCUUCCUCAUUCAUUCCAAAGCUGAACAACGGUAUGGCAGAACGCAAUGUAGCUUUAAAGGAAGAAAUGUCGUCGUCUGAAUCUAUCUCCCUUCCUUCCUCAUUCAUUCCAAAGCCGAACAACGGUAUGGCAGAACGCAAUGUAGCUUUAAGGGAAGAAAUGUCGUCGUCUGAAUCUAUCUCCCUUCCUUCCUCAUUCAUUCCAAAGCUGAACAACGGUAUGGCAAAACGCAAUGUAGCUUUAAACAAGAAAUGGUUGCCGUCUGAAUUUACCUCCGUUCCUUCCUCAUUCAUUCCAAAGCCGAACAACGGUAUGGCAGAACGCAAUGUAGCUUUAAGGGAAGAACUGUCGUCGUCUGAAUCUACCUCCGUUCCUUCCUCAUUCAUUCCAAAGCUGAACAACGGUAUGGCAGAACGCAAUGUAGUUUUAAGGGGGAAAUUGUUGCCAUCUAAAUUACGUCACGUUGGCUCUAUCUCCACUGCAAAGCUGAACAAAGAUCAGGAAGAUGGCAAUUUUGUUUUUAAGGGGUUAUGUUCGCCGAUAGGAUUUCCAACCGUCGGCUCCUUCUUCCCUACAAAGCCGAACAAAGAUGUGGUAGAACGCAAUUUAGUUUUAAGCUUGAGAAGUUUGGUGUCUGCAUUAACCCGCGUUUGCUCUUUCUCCAAUGCAAAGACGAACAAAGUUAGGGAAGUCGGCAAUGAAAUUUUAAAGGGAGAAACGGCGUCGUCUGAAUCUAGCUCCGAUAGCUCCUCAUUCCAUGCCAUACCUAAGAAUAAUCUGGAAGACGGCAAUAUAGUUUUAAAGCACAUAAAGUACCCGCCUGAAUUUCGCCCCGCGGGAUCCUUUUCCUGCAUUGUUUAUCAUAGAUCUGGAUGGCGGCAAUGA